UUCCUGGAGCCCGUCGAUACCAGCGUGAUCACCGACUAUCGCAACGUCAUCAAGCACCCGAUGGACCUGGGAACCAUGCAGCGCAAGGUCGAAGCGGGCACGUACAUGAGCAUCGAUGAGUUCCGCCAGGAUAUACUGCUGGUGUGCGAGAAUGCGCGCAAGUACAACGGCGCGACCUCCAUCUACGCGCGGUCCGCCGAC